AUGGAAGACCAAGAAGUAAACGAGAUAGCUAAAUCUUAAGUUAUUAAUAUGCUCAAUAGUUAAACAAAAUCCCAAAUCUUCAAAUCUUAAGAUAGAGAUGACUCUGCAAUCGAUAAUGCUGAAUUCGAUAUAGUGGAAGUUAAUGAAAACUAAUGCUAUGAUGCUAAUAUUAUAAAUCCUGAAUCUAAAAUUGACCUCUAAAAAAAUAAAAUUUAAGACCUUUAGUCUAAGAAGGAAUAACUUGAAUAGGAGCUACGAUAAUAGCAGUAAGAAGUCAAUUAGCUUGAAGAAUAAUUAAAAAAAAAACAGGAAAUUUAAAAUGUGUUUGCUAUGAAACCUUAACCUGAUUAAGAGAACUUAUAAAAAUAGGAAUGGGCUUAAAAAUAGUUAGAAUAUCAAGAAAUUUUAAGCUAAUAUGAGGAAGUCGUAACUUAAGAAAAUGAUAAGGAGCUUAAAGAUAUUUACUAAGAGUAUUAUAAUCAGUCCACCAAGGCAAGAAAUGACUAGUAAAGACUAUAGAAUAGCAUAGAGUUGGAAAAAUAAUUAAAUUUAGAAUUUGAUUAGGUCAAUUAGGAGAUCGAUUAAAUUAAGAAUAUAUUGGAUAACGAAAUCAAUCAAGAUAACAUCAAUGAAUUAUAAUAAUUAUUGAUAUCUGACGAUGAGUCGAUGAUUAAAAACAUGGAUCAAUAAUUAAGAAAUAAAAAAUAGUUAAUCGAGGUAAUUUAAGAAGACAUAGUAAAUCUGUAAAAUUAAUUGAAUGAAGCAGAGAAUAAAUUCUAAAACAUCUUUAUGAUCUAUAAUGAAUAAAGAAAAUAAAUAAAGUUGUUGAUGGAGAACAUUAAUUAAAUUGAGAAACCCAAUGAAAUUGGUAUAUAAAAAGUGGAUUCUAGAAGAUCAUAAACAACAGGAAGGAGCAGUAAGAUUUCUAACUGCAUAGAAUACUUCUUUUCAGGAUUGAUAGCCUUAUUUGGAGGUUUUCUGAUGUUCUUAUUUUUACAAGAUAUUUAUGUAUCUAGUCAGCAACAAUAAUAUUUUAAUUGA